AAUGACAACCCAAGUGUUCUGGCUCCUCUGCUUUGCCAUUAGAUCAUCUUCUGGAUCCCUGCUCUAUGCUGAGAAACCCAGCCAGGCUCUGAGCAAAGAUGUUUUCAGUCCAGCAGCUGAGGUUCAGGUGAAGGAGCCAGCGCGGGGCACGGGCAGUGCCAGCGGGAAUGCCAGGGAGGGCCGGCUCCCGGGAAUGCCCCCCGGGCCCGCGGGCAUCCCCUCCCUCACCCCCGACAAGAGGAAACGCGCGGAGCCUUCCCUGGAGAACAGCACGGGGCUGAGGAAGCAGCUGGGGCAGCACGCAGGGCCCCGGGCCCCGGGGGCUGCUCCCGGCCGGGCCAACAGGCCUCACACGGACCGGCGGCUGGCCGGGGCUGCCAACAGCCUGGGGGCCCUGCGAGCCCCUCCCCGCCCCAAGGCCAUGGCCCUGCUGGAAACCCAUCCUUUCCCGGACUCCGGAACGGGGGAGCCCAAUGACCCUGACUCGCUGCACCACUUCAACCGAGCGGGGAAGGGAAUGGCCUACAAAGAGCCCGACCCGUCCCGGAGGAUCCCCAAAGCCUCGUGGGUCACGAACCGCUGGGAGCCCAGCCCGAGGCACCGCGGCGAGCUGGGGACAGACGGUGACAAGGAGAAGCUGUGUCAGAGCGAAUGCCGGAAGGAGCGGGAUGAAGGGGAGGCUUUCUGUGCCAGCGAGUUCGCAGUGAAUGGAAUUGUUUAUAACCUGGAAAGCCUGGGGCAUGGAGUGCAGUGGAUCACCCUGCUGGUGGACAGGGAUGGACUGUACAGGAUGAGCCGCCUCUAUGUCACUCCUGACGCCGCCUUCUUCCGAGUUCACAUCUUGGUUGUGGAUACUUUCCACUGCAGUAAACCAUGCCCAGACUUUAAACUUGGCAGCAGGUACAUCGUGAUGGGGCACAUCCACCACAAGCGCCGCCAGGUGCCCGCGGAGCUGCUGCCGGCGCUGCGCGGGCGGCUGCGCCCGGGGGACGGCUGGGUCGGGAGCGGCAGCGGCUUCGUGAGGAGAUUCAACAGGAAAAGGGAUCUCAGGGUGAGGGCAGCGCGCUCCAAGUGUCCUUAAGGCUCCGGGGGCUCCGUCCAGGACGUGGGAGCAGCGGGAUCCACCCUCGGAGCGCUCCCGCCUGGAGCCGCAGGCCAGCAGCCGCUUCUGUGCUUCAGCAAACACCGGGUGCCUGGAGCAGGCACCCCUGGCGAGGCUCGGCACAGAGGACACUCUAGGGAAUGUUAACCGGCCGGGAAUUUGCUCCAGCUGCUUUCAGAGCCACAGGUUAUUGUUGCUUCCCCUGCUGCAGAGUGCCCCGAAUAAUCUGUAGUAACUGUAAUGCAAAAUUCUGGCAUUUUGUCCUCGGUACACAACAACUGCACUUUGAACCCUGCACCUUGAACACAUGAGAUGAUACCACAGCUUUAUCUACACAGGAUGUUCACUGUGCUUUCACAGUUCUGCCUAAUGCAUUUGAUUUCAGAGAAACCAACACCUCUGAGUACCAUUUGUAUUAUUUUUGUCUCCUCAACCAUGUCCAUGGUAUUUCUGAAAAUUACACCAUUCUUCCAGCAGAGCUGGAUGUUCACACAAAGCAUACAGAAUAGAAUGUAAUAAUUUGAGUAUAUGAACACUGACUGAAAGCAAAUCAAGAACUGCAAAACACAAAUGCCCAGUUGCAUUUACAAGUAAUGAUGCAGGGAAUGCAAAAUGAGCAUGGGCUGCACACACUGGGUGUGCCAGGGCACUUUGUCCCAGAGCUGUGCUGAAUGUCAUUCCCCAGGAGAAAUAUUGCCAAGCUUGUACGUGCACAAGAGUAAAGUUACUUUUUAAACCAAA